CACUAAGUCGACAAAUAGCCCCAACGUUAGGAAGUCGAUGGUCGGUUCGCCGGGGACCAUCCGAACCAAUAGGCAAGAUGAUCAGCCUUAGACAUUUUCAUCGUUAUUGGGCUCGAUUGCCCAGUCAAGCAGAUUUACAGGUGCUGCGGCUCUCUACAAAAUGCCUAUCAACAUCUGCAUCAAGGAAACUGCUUCAAGCAGAAACUUUGCCAUUAGGACUGUUGUCUAAACGCCAUUAUGAGCAGCAUUUGGGCAGUUUUAAAAACUUUCACACUUCUGUUGUAUUUGGAGGUGAGGUGAAACCUAUUGAAGUUCCACCCUUUGCGGAGUCCAUUACUGAAGGAGACUUGAGAUGGGUUAAAGAAGUUGGUGAAAGUUUUGAAGAGGAUGAAGUGAUAGCAGAAGUUGAAACUGACAAGGUUACAAUGCCCAUCAAGGCACCAGCUCCAGGCGUACUGAAAGAAAUUAAUGUGGAAGAUGGUUCCGUUGUUAAAGCUGGUGUCCACAUAGGGAAGAUGGAACUGGGAGCUGGAGGUGCUGCCCCUGCCAAGAAGGAAGCUCCUGCAGCAGAAGCUGCUGCUCCAGCAGCACCUGCUGCUGCACCUCCAACUGCUGCUGCUGCUCCCCCCCCACCACCACCACCACCACCUGCAUCUGCAGCAGCUGGUCCCAUACCUACAACUCCCCCACCUUCAGCUCCUCCUCCUACUGCUCCGAAAGCAUCUAUUCCAGUUGCAGCUAUCAAGCAUGCUUCAUUUAUUCAGCAAGCAGAAGUAAAGGUUCCUCCUGCUGAUUACAGCAAAGAGAUCACUGGAACACGAACAGAACAGCGUGUGAAGAUCACUCGUAUGAGGGCCCGCAUAGCACAGAGGUUAAAGGAUGCUCAAGACACGAAUGCAAUGCUCACAACUUUUAACGAGAUUGAUAUGGGGAAUAUAAUGGAAAUGAGAAAAAGUAUCGGUGACCAGUUCUUGAAGAGACAUGGCAUUAAACUAGGCUUCAUGUCUGCAUUUGUCAAGGCUAGUGCAUAUGCAUUAACUGAGCAACCUACUGUAAAUGCUGUUAUGGAAGGGUCAGAAAUCAUAUACAGGGAUUAUGUUGACAUCUCAGUAGCUGUGGCCACACCGAAGGGAUUGGUUGUACCAGUUCUGCGUAAUGUUGAGGGUAUGAAUUAUCUUGAUAUUGAAAAAGGAAUAAUGGCUUUGGGUGAGAAAGCUCGUACAGGAGCACUGGCUGUGGAAGACAUGGAUGGAGGGACCUUCACCAUUAGCAAUGGUGGAGUUUUUGGCUCCCUCUUUGGUACUCCUAUUAUCAAUCCACCCCAGAGUGCUAUACUCGGAAUGCAUGGCAUCUUUGAUAGGCCUGUAGCCAAAAAUGGACAGGUUGUCAUCAAACCAAUGAUGUAUGUUGCAUUAACCUACGAUCAUCGUCUCAUUGAUGGACGAGAAGCAGUUACUUUCUUGCGGAAAAUCAAACAGGCUGUUGAGGAUCCAAGGAUCAUGCUUUGUGGCCUUUAGGUUUGUUCAGAGUAGUUGACCAAAGGAAGCUUAGCUUUUUUUGAGUAUAGGCGUAGACCAAACUAUUGUUAGGCCCCUAGAGGUAGUGCUUUUUUCACCCUUCCCUUUCUGAGAAGUUUAUUUUGGUAUGGGGAUAAUAGCCAGUCUCAUUAUAUCAAUAAAAAUGUUUCUUUGUAACUGCUACGGGUCAUCAGAAGGUCUUAGUGGUGGGAAGAAGCAUAAUUGCUGAAUUUACAUAUUGGAUACUGAAACUUGGAUGAAGUAUUGAGUUAUUGUUUAACAAUGAGUGAUUAGCACGUUUAAUUGUUCAGACUUCAUCCUGUAUCAUUGCUUAAGGAACUGCCUCUUGAAUAGUUUAAGGGAUUGAUUAUAAGCAGUUUAGGGCACCGAUGGUAGAGCACUGAACAAGAAUUUACUUUAAGGGUUGGAUGUUGCACAAGCAUGGCUUUCUUCAAUCCAAUACUGCAAGCAAUGUCUACCUAAUAAAGCGGGCCAGUUAAAUAAAAAAAAUUAGAGAGCUUGAGACAAUACUUUAAAAGGCUUUUUGACACUAUUUUUCUAUAAUUUAUGAUCUGAGACUGCAUAAAAGUUACAGUAAGAAAGGCUGUGGGCUGUACCGUCACUUGUAAGUCUUGUACAUAAUUGUAAUAUAUUUAUAAUUAUUGUUGUCACUGCAGCAUAUUGUAAACACAAUUCUUCAUUCAUUGCACACCCUUCUUGUUAUUAUGGCUCAGUGAUGCUUAAAAUAAAAAGGUUUUAUGACUAAAA